AUGUACGGCACAUCGACCGGUCCCCAAACCGGUAUCAACACCCCUCGAUCCUCUCAAUCCCUCCGCCCUCUCAUCCUCUCGCAUGGAUCCCUCGAGUUCUCUUUCCUCGUCCCUACCUCGCUUCACUUCCAUGCAUCGCAGUUGAAAGAUAGCUUCACUGCAUCUUUACCCGAGCCCACAGACGAAUUGGCCCAAGAUGAUGAACCAUCAUCAGUGACCGAGUUGGUCGCCCGCUACAUUGGGCAUGUGGCCCACGAGCUCGAGGAGGAAGACGAUGCACAGGGCAACUACCUGGACGUUCUGAAGCUCGUUUUGAAUGAAUUUGAACGUGCCUUCAUGCGCGGUAAUGACGUUCACGCCGUGGCAGCUGCGCUCCCCGGCAUUGUUGCCAAGAAGAACCAAGUCGUUGAGGCCUACUAUGCCGGGCGAGCUGCGGCGGGCCGGCCCACCAAGCCCUACGACUCUGCCUUGUUCCGUGCGGCAUCCGACGAGGCUGCAGGCAUCUACUCUGUGUUCGGUGGUCAAGGCAAUAUUGAGGAGUACUUUGAUGAAUUGCGCAACAUCUACACCACGUACCCUUCCUUUGUCGAAGAGCUCAUUACUACCUCCGCCGAAUUGCUCCAAACGCUCUCUCGUGAGCCAGAGGCUAGCAAGCUCUACCCGAAGGGCAUGGAUAUCAUGCAAUGGCUGCAAGAUCGGGAUGCACAGCCCGAUAUCGAUUACCUGGUCUCCGCCCCCGUCAGUCUGCCAUUGAUUGGUCUGGUCCAGUUGGCCCACUAUAUGGUUACCUGCAAGGUCCUUGGCCGCCAACCUGGUGAUGUCCUGGAACGCAUCCUCGGUACCACAGGUCACUCCCAGGGAGUGGUCACCGCUGCCGUUAUUGCAACCGCUACCAGCUGGGACUCCUUUGCCACAGCGGCCCAGGAUGCCCUGACCAUGUUGUUCUGGAUUGGUCUGCGCAGUCAGCAGGCCUACCCUCGCACCUCAAUCGCCCCGUCGGUUCUCCAGGACUCGAUUGAGAAUGGCGAGGGAACCCCUACUCCCAUGCUGUCUAUCCGCGACCUCUCCCUCACCGCCGUUCAGGAGCACAUCGAUGCCACCAACCAACAUUUGCCCGAGGACCGCCACAUCUCCAUUUCCCUAGUGAACAGUGCUCGCAACUUUGUCGUGACUGGUCCUCCCAUCUCGCUUUACGGUCUGAAUGUUCGCCUGCGUAAAGUCAAGGCGGCCACCGGACUUGACCAGAACCGUAUGCCAUUCACCCAGCGCAAGGUUCGCUUUGUGAACCGUUUCCUCCCCAUUACUGCUCCUUUCCACAGCCAGUACCUUGUUUCUGCUUACGACCGCAUUCUCGAGGAUCUGGAGGAUGUUGUUGAGAUCCCCGCCAAGUCACUGGAGAUCCCCGUCUUCCACACCAAAACUGGAGAGGAUCUGCGGCAACUGGGAGACAAGGACAUUGUGCCCUCACUGGUUCGCAUGAUCACCCACGAUGCGGUCAACUGGGAGCAAGCCACUGUCUUCCCCCGUGCAACCCACAUCGUUGACUUCGGCCCAGGUGGCAUCUCUGGUCUGGGCGUCCUGACUAACAGGAACAAGGACGGCACCGGUGUUCGGGUCAUUCUCGCUGGUGAAAUGGACGGAACCAAUGCGGAGGUCGGUUACAAGCCAGAACUCUUUGACCGUGAUGAGCAUUCCGUCAAGUUUGCUGUUGACUGGGUCAAGGAACACGGCCCUCGCCUGACGCAGACAUCUACCGGUCAAACUUACGUGGACACCAAGAUGAGCCGUCUGUUGGGAAUUCCUCCCGUCAUGGUGGCUGGUAUGACACCCACCACCGUCGCCUGGGACUUUGUGGCUGCUACUAUGAAUGCCGGUUAUCACAUCGAGUUGGCUGGUGGUGGCUACUACAACGCGAAGACGAUGACGGAGGCCAUUACCAAGAUUGAGAAGGCUAUCCCUCCUGGUCGUGGUAUUACUAUCAACCUGAUCUAUGUCAACCCCCGUGCGAUGGCCUGGCAGAUUCCAUUGAUCGGUCGGUUGCGCGCAGAGGGCGUGCCGAUUGAGGGUCUGACCAUUGGGGCCGGUGUGCCAUCCAUUGAGGUUGCCAAUGAAUACAUUGAAACUCUUGGUAUCAAGCACAUUGCCUUCAAGCCUGGCUCCGUCGAUGCGAUUCAGCAAGUCAUCAAUGUUGCCAAGGCCAACCCUAAGUUCCCUAUCAUCCUUCAGUGGACUGGUGGCCGUGGCGGUGGUCACCACUCCUUCGAGGACUUCCACCAGCCCAUUCUCCAAAUGUACAGCCGUAUUCGCAAGCAAGAUAACAUUGUGCUUGUUGCUGGCAGUGGCUUCGGUGGUUCGGAGGACACUUACCCUUACCUCUCGGGUAAGUGGUCCGCCAAGUACGGCUACCCUCCUAUGCCCUUUGACGGCUGUCUCUUCGGCUCUCGCAUGAUGAUUGCGAAGGAGGCACACACCUCUUACAAUGCCAAGAAGGCAAUUGCUGAUGCCCCUGGUGUGGACGAUGCGGAAUGGGAGAAGACCUACCAGAAAGCAACAGGUGGUGUGAUCACUGUUCUGUCUGAAAUGGGUGAGCCCAUCCAUAAGCUGGCCACUCGCGGCGUGCUGUUCUGGCAGGAAAUGGACCAGAAGAUCUUCAAGCUCGACAAGGCCAAGCGUGUCCCCGAACUGAAGAAGCAACGGAACUACAUCAUCAAGAAGCUGAAUGAUGACUUCCACAAGGUCUGGUUCGGUCGCAAUGCUGCAGGCGAGACUGUUGAUCUGGAAGAUAUGACUUAUGCUGAGGUCGUUCGCCGCAUGGUGGACCUCAUGUACAUCAAGCACGAGUCGCGAUGGAUCGAUCCCUCGCUCAAGCGCCUGACGGGUGACUUCAUCCGUCGUGUCGAGGAGCGUUUCACUACUGCCCAAGGCCAGGCCUCGCUUCUCCAGAGUUAUUCCGAUAUUGAUACCCCCUACCCUACCGUUGACAAUAUUUUGUCUGCUUAUCCCGAAGCUGCCAAUCAGCUGAUCAACGCGCAGGAUGUGCAGCACUUCCUGCUGCUCUGCCAAAAGCGUGGCCAGAAGCCCGUUCCGUUCGUCCCCGUGCUGGAUGAGAACUUUGAGUUCUUCUUCAAGAAGGAUUCUCUGUGGCAGAGUGAGGACCUUGAGGCUGUUGUCGAUCAAGACGUCGGCCGAACCUGUAUUCUUCAGGGUCCUAUGGCUGCCCGCUUCUCUAACGUCAUUGAUGAGCCUGUUAAGGACAUUCUUGACGGUGUUCACCAGGGACACAUCGCUGGCCUCCUGCGCGAUGUCUACGGUGGCGACAGCGCCAAGAUUCCUGUCAUUGAGUACUUCGGCGGGCAGCUUAUGAGCACCACUGACUCGGACUCUGACGGUUUGGUUAUCUCGGAAGAGCCAAGCAAGACCAGCUUCCGCUUGUCUUCUACUGCGGCCUUGCCAGACUUGGACCGCUGGCUCAGUCUUCUUGCCGGCAACGUCUACUCCUGGAGACAUGCUCUGUUCUUGGCCGAUGUUUACGUUCAGGGCCACCGCUUCCAGACCAACCCCAUGAAGCGGAUUGUCGCUCCCACCGCAGGCAUGUAUGUGGAAGUUUCCAACCCCAAUGAUCCUGCCAAGACUGUUAUCAGUGUGCGCGAGCCGUACCAGUCUGGCAAAUUGGUCAAGACAGUCGAGGCCAAGAUCAACGAGAAGGGGCAGAUCAGUCUGAGCCUGUUCGAGGGCCGCACCGCCGAGAAUGGCGUUGUUCCUUUGAACUUCUUGUUCACCUAUCACCCCGAGACUGGAUACGCUCCCAUUCGUGAAGUUAUGGGUGACCGCAACGAUCGCAUCAAGGAGUUCUACUACCGGGUGUGGUUCGGCAACAAGGACGUGCCUUUCGACACCCCCACUACUGCCACUUUCAGUGGUGGCCAGAAGACCAUCACUGCCCAGGAUGUUGCCGACUUUGUUCACGCCGUUGGCAACACCGGUGAGGCUUUCGUUGACCGUCCUGGCAAGGAGGUCUUUGCCCCUAUGGACUUUGCCAUCGUGGCAGGCUGGCAGGCAAUCACCAAGCCUAUCUUCCCUCGCACCAUUGACGGAGAUUUGCUGAAGCUUGUUCACUUGUCCAACGGGUUCAAGAUGGUUCCCGGCGCCCAGCCCCUGAAGGUUGGCGACGUUCUGGACACAACAGCCCAGAUUAACUCUGUCAUCAACCAGGAUUCUGGUAAAAUGGUCGAGGUCUGCGGUACCAUCAAGCGAGAGAACAAAGCGAUCAUGCAUGUUACCAGUCAGUUCCUGUACCGGGGUGCUUACACGGACUACGAGAACACCUUCCAGCGCAAGGAUGAGGUCCCCAUGCAGGUUCACCUUGCAACCAGCCGGGACGUCGCCGUUCUCCGUUCGAAGGAAUGGUUCCGCAUGGAUGACGCUGAGAUUGAGCUUCUGGGCCAGACCCUGACAUUCCGCUUGCAGAGCUUGAUCCGUUUCAAGAACGCCACUGUCUUCAGCAACGUGCAGACCGUUGGACAGGUUCUUCUCGAGCUUCCCACCAAGGAGGUCAUCCAAGUUGCGUCUGUCGAAUACGAGGCAGGUGACUCGCACGGUAACCCCGUGGUUGACUACCUGCAGCGUAACGGAACCUCCAUUGAGCAGCCGGUCUACUUUGAGAACCCCAUCCCGCUCAGUGGCAAGACCGCUCUGGAACUGCGUGCCCCCGCCUCUAACGAGACCUACGCCCGCGUGUCCGGUGACUACAACCCCAUCCACGUGUCCCGUGUCUUCUCCAGCUACGCCAACUUGCCCGGAACCAUCACCCACGGCAUGUACAGCAGUGCCGCUGUUCGCAGCCUGGUCGAGACCUGGGCCGCUGAGAACAACAUUGGCCGUGUCCGCGGUUUCCAGGUCUCUCUGGUCGGUAUGGUUCUGCCCAACGACAUGAUCACUGUCAAGCUGCAGCAUGUCGGCAUGAUUGCUGGUCGCAAGAUCAUCAAGGUUGAAGCCAGCAACAAGGAGACCGAAGAGAAGGUUCUGCAAGGUGAGGCCGAGGUUGAGCAGCCCGUCACUUCCUACGUCUUCACCGGCCAGGGCUCUCAGGAGCAGGGCAUGGGUAUGGAGCUGUAUGGCUCUAGCCCAGUGGCCCAGGAGGUCUGGGACCGGGCUGAUCGCCACUUCAUGGAGAACUACGGUCUCUCCAUUAUCGACAUUGUCAAGAACAACCCCAAGGAGCUGACAGUCUACUUCGGUGGUCCUCGGGGUAAGGCCAUCCGGCAGAACUACAUGGCCAUGACCUUCGAGUCAGUGAACGCCGAUGGGUCCAUCAAGUCCGAGAAGAUCUUCAAGGAGGUCGAUGAGAAUACCGCCUCGUACACCUACCGGUCUCCCACAGGUCUUCUCUCUGCCACCCAGUUCACUCAGCCGGCCUUGACUCUGAUGGAGAAGGCCAGCUUCGAGGACAUGCGCGCCAAGGGAUUGGUGCAGCGCGACAGCAGCUUCGCUGGCCACUCGCUUGGUGAAUACUCGGCUUUGGCCGCCCUGGCUGAUGUCAUGCCCAUUGAGAGCUUGGUGUCCGUUGUGUUCUACCGUGGUCUGACCAUGCAAGUCGCUGUCGAGCGUGAUGCACAGGGUCGCUCCAACUACUCCAUGUGCGCUGUCAACCCCAGCCGUAUCUCCAAGACAUUCAACGAGCAGGCACUGCAGUACGUUGUUGAGAACAUCUCCGAGACCACUGGCUGGCUGCUGGAGAUUGUCAACUACAACGUUGCCAACAUGCAAUACGUCGCAGCCGGUGACCUCCGUGCUCUUGACUGCCUCACCAACCUGCUGAACUUCUUGAAGGCGCAGAACAUUGACAUCCCCGCUCUUAUGGAGAGCAUGUCGUUGGAGGACGUCAAGGAGCACCUGGUCAGCAUCAUCCAGGAGUGUGUCAAGCAAACCGAGGCCAAGCCCCGUCCUAUCUCCCUGGAGCGUGGUUUCGCCACCAUUCCUCUCAAGGGUAUCGAUGUUCCCUUCCACAGCACCUUCCUGCGCUCUGGUGUGAAGCCCUUCCGUUCCUUCUUGCUGAAGAAGAUCAACAAGACCACCAUCGACCCCAGCAAGUUGGUCGGCAAGUACAUCCCCAACGUCACUGCCCGUCCUUUCGAGAUCACCAAGGAAUACUUCGAGGAUGUCUACCGCCUCACCAACUCGCCCCGUAUUGCCUCUAUCUUGGCGAACUGGGAGAAGUACGAAGAGGGCAACGAAAAUGUUGCGAAAUGA